UUAUUUCGCUGCUAUACAUUUUAAUCUAUGGGAAGCCUUCCGAGUGUGGAAGUAACCAAAUACAUUGUCUCUGUUCCAUAACAAAACACACGAAGGAGGAAAAUAAGCAGAUUAUUUGUGAUUGCAAGACUGACAAAUACGCACACACAGUAUGUCUGGAAGAGGCAAAACCGGCGGAAAAGCCCGUGCUAAGGCAAAAUCUCGCUCCUCCAGAGCCGGGCUGCAGUUCCCUGUCGGGCGUGUGCACAGGCUGCUGAGAAAAGGUAAUUACUCGGAGCGUGUGGGCGCUGGAGCCCCGGUCUAUCUGGCCGCGGUGCUCGAGUACCUGACCGCCGAAAUCCUGGAGCUGGCUGGCAACGCCGCCCGAGACAACAAGAAAACCAGAAUCAUCCCCCGUCACCUGCAGCUCGCCGUCCGCAACGACGAGGAGCUCAACAAGCUGCUGGGAGGCGUCACCAUCGCUCAGGGAGGAGUGCUGCCCAACAUCCAGGCCGUGCUGCUGCCCAAGAAGACCGAGAAGCCAGCCAAGAGCAAGUAAACCAGCCUGAUGCACCGAGAAACACAAGCAAAACAAAGGCUCCUUUAAGUGCCGCCCAACCCUUUGAAAUAAAAUGCGAAUUUCAUUUUUAAAUGCUACCUUGCCCCCCUGCAUAGCAAUGCUUUCAAUGUAUACCACGUCAAUAUGUAUCGCUGUACGUUUUGUUAUUGUAUUCUUCCUAAUGCAGCAGUACCCGUUUUUUUGUACUGAAGACGCUGAAAAGAAAUGUUUUAAAAAUGAUAUACCAUUUAAGAAAAAAAUGAUGCACGCAGAAUAAAUAUGAAACAUUCUAUGUUCAUGUCAUGUGUGUAGCGGUAACAGGCGUCGAGCACGCAUUCAUCUGAUACAUUAAUGUUUUUAUUCCAACCUUUGGCCUGUCAGUAGUGUUGGGAUCAGUUCCAAACUGUUACAAUGAAUAAACUGCACGCCCGUUUACACACCCGA